AUGGGGAGCCCCGACGCUGGGUCCGAUGCCAAGGUGGGGGGCGGCGCCGGCCUGGCCUUCGGCCUCGUCUCCAUCGCGGAGGGGCGAGGAGCCCCCACUGCUCAGGCCAGCUUGGCGCAUGGUCGGGGACAGGACACCGCUGUGGGACGUCCCAGACAGUCCUGGAGCUCGGGGGCCAGCGCGUCCCCGGGGGGCCAGAGCACAGAGUCGCUGCCUCCGCACUGGGACAAGGACGUCCACGAAGACCAGCGGCCGGGCUCCCCGGGGCGGCAGCUCUCGCAGCAGAGGGCCGGCUCGCGGCCAAGGGGGGCCAGAGCAGGCAAAGCGUCCGGGCCGGACGAGUCACUGGUGUCUGCCGCCACCGAGGACGUGCUGUUCCAGAAGGACGACAGCGCCACCGUGUACCCCCUGGAUGCAGAUGAGAACCAGCUGGCCCGGGAGUCUGCCCCUGCGGCGCGUGGGGGGGGGGGUGACAAUGGUGAUGGUGACAGUGGUGACAGCGGUGAUGGUGCUGGCGGUGACAGUGAUGAUGACAGUGACAGUGGUGCUGACACGGUGACAGUGGUGGCAGUGUUGAUGACGGUGACAGUGGUGGCAGUGUUGAUGACGGUGAUGGUGGUGGCGGUGACAGUGGUGACGGUGAGCAUGAGCUGGCGCUUCGGCUGGAACAGCGCCCUGCCUGUGCUGUACCUGCGCGACCAGGCCCAGCGGGUGGUGCUGUACGCCUGUGGCCACACUGCGGUCAUCUACGACGCGCGCAGGAACAGCCAGCACCACCUGCAGGGCCACCCGAACGUGAUCUCCUGUCUGUGCGUCAGCGAAGAUCGGCGCUGGAUCGCCACGGCGGACAAGGGGCCCAGGAGCCUGGUCAUCGUGUGGGACUCCUACACGGGCAUCCCGGUGCACACAGUGUUUGACAGCUGCCCCGAGGACCAGGGCAUCAGGGCCAUCGCCAUCUCACACGACGCCAAGCACCUGGCCACCCUCUCGGACGCCGCUAGCCAGAGGCUGAGCAUCUGGAAGUGGACGCUGGCUGCGGAGACGCCGUCCUGCACGCUGGAUCUGCCGGAGGAGUACGGCCCGCAGAACCACCUCAUUUUUAACCCGACAAACAACAAAGAGCUGGUCAGCAACAGUAAGACGCGGGCGAUUUAUUACAUGUGGGACGAAAAGAAAGGCAUCAUUUUCCACAGUGCCCCAGUUUUGACAGAGAAAACCUUCAACAAGCUGGUGGGGAGAUUCAGCCAGUCGGUCUUUCACCUGAACCCCACGCAAAUGCUCUCGGCCACGCUGGAAGGGAAGCUGGUCGUCUGGACCGUUCUGCGCCCCCCGCCAGCGGUGGGCCCCCCCCACAUCAGGCCGUGCAAGCUGGUCCAUCUGCAGAAGGAGGGCAUCACCGUGCUGACCACAGUCGACAGCCACGUCGUCACCGGCGACGUCAAGGGGGCCAUCAAGUUCUACGACCACGGCCUGUCCAUCGUCAACUGGUACAGCCAGUUCAGGCUGAGCCCCAUCCGCACCCUGUCCUUCUCCAAGAGGCCCGCCUCGCCCCCCUCCGCCGCCUCCAGCUACCCGCCGGACUGCACUCUGAAGGGCGACCUUUUCGUGGUCAGGAACCUCAUCAUCGGGACCACAGAUGCCACCGUGCACCACCUGACGGCAGACGGGACCAGGCUGGAGAAGCUGCUGGUGGAGCCCAGGGAGGCGGUGUGCGCCAUCUCCUGCCACCCGUACCAGCCGCUGCUGGCGGUGGGCAGCUUCUGCGGCGUGAUCAAGGUGUGGGACUACACCCGGAAGCUCUGCCUCUUCAGCAGGGUCUUCGGGCGCAGGCUCGGUGUGCAGAGCCUGGCCUACAACCCUGAAGGGGCCCUGCUGGGGGUCGGCUUCACGGAGGGCAGCGUCUCCAUCCUGGACGCCAUGUCCUUGCAAAGCAGCAUCCCGGAGCCCUUUAAAUACUCCAGGGCCAGCGUGACCCACGUCAGCUUCUCCCAUGACUCCCAGUACAUGGCAACGGCCGACGUCAGCUUCACCGUGGCCGUCUACAAGGUGGUGGUCAGAAAGGGCCAGCGGGUCUGGGAGUACCUAGCCAGGCUCCGCUCUCACCGCAAAAGCAUCCGCAGCCUCCUGUUUGGGGUUCACCUGGACAGCAAUGACUCCAGGCUGCUGAGCCUGGGCAGGGACCGCCUGCUGGUCGAGUAUAACCUUUUCAAGAGUUGCAGAGACCACCUGGAGGUGCUGGACAUCCACCGGACGGACCAGGGCCACUACCCCACCUGCAUGGCCUGGUACCCCCCGCUGACCAAGGAGCUCUUCUUGCUCAUUUGCAACAGCGGCUACAAAGUGAAGCUCUUCAACUCCACCACCAAAAUGUGCAGAAAGACGCUCCUGGGGCCAGUGUUCGGGUCUCCCGCGGAGCAGGCACAGGUGCUGCCAGUGAAGAGCACCCCCGAGCUGCAGAGGCGCCACCUGGUGUUCAUCACCCGUGACAAGGUCGGCCUGCAGAUCCUGCCGGUGGACGGGAACCCGCACAAGACCACGGCCAUCGUCUGCCACCCGGGCGGGGUGUCUGGGCUGGCCCUCGCCCACGACGGCAGCUGCGUCUUCACUGCGGGCGGCCUGGACCUCUCGGUGGUCCAGUGGGAGAUCAGCCUGAGCGCCCUGGACGCAGCCGUGUCGCUGGGGGGCCAAGACCUGACCCCGUUCUAUGGCCUGGUGCCGGGUGGCAGGGAAGGAAAGUUCUACCGGGAGCUCGAGGACUACUUCUACUACUCGCAGCUGCGCAGCCAGGGCAUCGACACCAUGGAGGCCAGGCGCGUGUCGGCACGCAUCUGCCUGGCCGAGCUGCCCUUCGUCAUGAGGGCCGUCGGCUUCUACCCGUCGGAGGAGAAGAUCGAGGACAUGUUCAACGAAGUCAGGUUCGGUGCGUACGUGGACACGGGGAGGACGGUGGACAGCAUCGACCUGCCGGACUUCCUCAAGGUCUAUGUGAACCACCGGCCACCCUUCGGCAGCACCAUGGGCGGUAUCCGGGACAGCUUCCGCGUGCUGGGCUCGGCCGACGCCAGGGGCCAGCCGGUCCUCCGGCGAGAGGACUUCCUGAGGCUGCUGCUGACCAAAGGCGAGCACAUGACUGAGGCGGAGCUGGCCGACUGCUUGGCCACGCUGUGUGGCCUGAACCCCGAGGGCUGGAAGUCCGAGCCUGCAGCCGCCUCCUUCACAGGCUCGGAGAUUUGCUUCGAGCAGGAGCUGCCCGAGGAGAUCUCGGCCGAGGCAUUCGCCACCGACAUCCUUGGCCUGACCAUCUCACAAGACCUGGGCGAGGAUGCGCUGCGCCCUGAGGCGGCGGGGAGCGUGUGAGCCCCCCUGGGGGGAGGCUGGGGGGAGGCGUGGGGUCCCCUGCCGCCUCCCCGGCACCACCCUCGGGGCGGACUGACGCUGGAACA